UGGCUUCUCCUCGCUUCUCCUUGGUUUGUUUGACUGUAACGCACGUCGAAAUCAGUAUGACGGCGAUAAAAAUCAGGGUCGGACCCGUUCCGCGUGUGAAGUCCUCUCCUCUGUUCUUAGACUUGUUCUGCCGUGGUCUGAUUAUCCUGUGCACGUCUGUAUCUGUGGUCCUGUCAUCGGUGGCGGUGUGUGACGGUCACUGGCUGCUCUCCGGCCAACACAUGUUCGGCCUGUGGUAUUUCUGCUCUGUGGAGGUGCCUCAGGGCUCGGUGUUGGGCCCCCAGAGUUUCACAGCGUCCGCAAACUGCACCCGGCGUCUGGAGGAGGCCGGGGUGGAAGGUCUGGACAUGGGCUUGGCGGCGUGUCGCUCUGUUAUCACGCUAGCUGUGGUCAGUGCUAUAUUUGGGCUGGAGCUGCUAGUGAUGUCGCAGGCAAGCGAAGGCAGGGACUCUAGUCGGCGAUGGACGCUCGGGGCUCGGCUGGUGCUGCUGGCGGGAGUAAUGGCUGCCGGAGGUGUCGCGACUUUUGUGCUCAUAUUAGGGGCUUUUGCAUCCCUCCUCGGGUUUACGCUGACCUUCUGGUGCCAGUUUACUGCAACCUUCUUGUUUUUCCUCAAUGGCAUGGCAGCACGGCACAUCCAGAAUAUUAAGCCACCGCUGUUGCCCUCUGGUGGACAUCCUGACAAACUGUAAACAACUAAACUUUAAAACUUGAAGACACUGAAUUAGACGCUUUAGAUCACGGAGAUCUACCUUCCUGCAGAGUUCAGCUCCAACCCUGAUCAAGAACAACGAACUAAGUAGGAUCUGAAGGAGGACUCGGUGAUUGAAGACAGGUGUGUUUGAUCAAGGCUACAGCUGAACUCUGCAGGAUGGUAGAUCUCCAGGAACUGGAUUGGGCAGAAGUGAUUAUGAAAGUUUUUUUUUAAAAACUACCCCUUAUUGGGGGAUAUUUUGUGAAGCCAUUGCCAAAAACUAUUGUGAAAACAGACCAUGGCUGCGUUCGAAACCGCAUACUUUCAUACUAUAUAGUACGCUAAAAUCAGUAUGCGAGUCGAGUAGUAUGUCCGAAUUCAUAGAAUUUGAAAAUCAGUAGGCGAGAAGUACCCGGAUGACUUACUACUUCCGGCGAGAUUCUGAAGUGCACAUACCAUGCACGCUGCGUUAUCCCAUAAAGCCCCGUGAGAUAAUUCAUGAAUGGAAGAGAGGCGACGCAACUGACGCAGGUAGGUCACGUGACCAUGACAAAAUGGCGGAUGUAGUACGUCCGAAUUCCAUUCAUACUUUUCACAUUCAUACUGUAUAGAACGUGCGGCCGAGUAGUACGUUUAAAUUCAAAAGCAGUACCUACUGAGUAGUAGGCGGUUUCGGACGCAGCCCAUGUGUCCACAGAGUAUUUUGUGCACCAAAAUACUUUAAAAACAACUUUUCCACUUUCCAUUUUUGGGUGAACUGUACCUUUAAUUUCCGUUUUUGUCAUCAAUGAGACACGAUUUGUCCAAAUUGAUACCCUUUUUUUGGGGGGUAGUUUGUGAAGCCUGCUUAACCACGAGCUUUCCUACUUGAGGGUGCUCCAUUAGAUGGUGUUAGUUCCUCUUGAGCAGCUCUGCUCUUAAAGGACUAGUUCCCCACCAAAAUGUAAAUUCAAUUAUUAAUUACUCACCCUCACGUCGUUCCAAUCCCCUUUCCAAUUUUAGAUGAAAUCUGAGAGCUCCCUCAUCCUCCAUAGAUGGCACUCCCCUUUAUUUGGGUAUUUUGUGAAGCCUGCUUUACUAUGAGCUUUACUACUUGAAGAUGCUGCAUUAAAUGCAUGUAAUAGAUGAUGUUGGUUCCUCUUGUGCAGCUCUGCUUUUAAAGCGUUAGUUCAUCCAAAAAUGUGAAUUCUGUUAUCCAUUACAGAUGUCUUAUAUCAACUGUAAUCGUUCGAAGCUCCAUGAACACUUUUGUGCACCAAAAUACAUUAUAAACAACAUUUCCACUUCAUUUUUGGGUGAACUGUACCUUUAAUCUCCGUUUUUGGCAUCAUUGAGAAGUGAUUUUAAAAGUUUGUCAAAAAACGAUUUAUUUUUGGGGUAUUUUGUGAAGCCUGUGUAAUGGAGGCCAGCUAGUGUGUGCUGUGCAGGUAAACCUCACUCCACUGACCUCUAAAGGUGUUCUAGCGACAAACGCUAGAGACCAUGGUCUUUAGCCUCCUUGUUAGAGCAACCGACUCCCAUGCGGAAGUUCGCCAGUUCGAUCCUGGGGCGGGGCAGGUUGGGUGGUGUAGGGCCGGUGGGGUUAUAUUGGUGCCGUGACCCGGAUGGGAGUGAGGUUUAGGGGGGUGAGUGUAACGGAGGCCAGCCAGUGUGUGCUGUGCAGGUAAACCUCACUCCUCUGACCUCUAAAGGUGUUCUAGUGACAGACACUAGAGGCCAUGGUCUUUAGCCUCCUUGUUAGAGCAACCGGCUCCCAUGCGGAAGGUCACCGGUUCGAUCCCAGCUCGGAGCGGGUUAGGUGGAGUAGGACCGAAGGGGUUACACCUGCUUUACUAUGAGCUUUACUACCUAAAGACGCUGCAUUAGAUGGAGUUAGUUCAUCUUGAGCAGGUCUGCUCUUAAAGGCUUAGUUCAUCCAAAUAUUUAAGUUCUGUUAUUAAUUACUCACCCUCGUGUCAUUCCAAUCCUCUGAGACUUCUGAACACAAAUGAGGACAUUUUAGAUAAAUUCCUGGAGCUCUCUCAUCCUCCAUAGGCAAGUGUCCAGAGAUGUUCAAAGUCCAGAAAGGACCAAAACAUCUUCAAAACAGAUGAUAUGUCUAUGUGAUCGCCGGAAGCUCCACAAACACUUUUGUGCUCCUUUUUUGGUACAUUUCCACUUGAUUUUUUGCGUGAACUAACCCUUAAAUCUGCACUAUUUUGAAGGCUUGUUAAGAAUAAAAUAUACUGUGUUUUUUUCCAGGAAUUUUACCCAUAUUUUAAAGGAUGCAUUGCAUUUUGUUUUAGGGUUGAAUGCUAAUCUAGAAAGCUAGACUUUCUCUUUCCCAUUUUCUACAGAUUGUGUUCUGAUAAUGCAUGUUAUAAGUGUGACUUGCAUUUUGCGUUUGAUUUAUUUGAAUCAUAAAUAAUUCUUUAACUGCCCGUUUCAUUCUGUAAUUGUUUUUCCAUUUAUUUUUGUUCUCAUUUUAUAAAUGUACAUAAUGUUGGUCAGAGUAAAGUUUUUAAUUGUAAAUAAGCAAUAACUACUAACAGGUAGUCAUAUAGUUUAUUUAACAAUAAGUGAUUUCUAACUGACUUUAUUAAACAUAUUUUUAAUACAGCA